AUGAGCCCUGGCUUCGGGGAACCGAUUACAUUCGGCCCAAGCCAAAAGCAAAGUCAGAAAGAGCCGAGAACGAAGCCAGCGACGAAGAGGAGGACGAGAACGAGGACGAUCCAACGGGAGGGAGAAAGUUUGAGAAGAAGGGAAUGUACGAACGCGGGAGAAGAGGGCGAAUUCCCUACGCCUGAGACCGUCCCAACACUUACGAACGGGGUUGUACGCAAAUAUUGAAGGAAAAACUCACGUUUAUGUUGCCGAGGUGUGUCGGAGGGCUGAUACCCCUGCGGCUUCCGCCGCCUCCGACCUCCGCGUCCAGCUUGCCGGCUCGGUCAGCCUCGUGGAUCCAAAAAAACGACGACACGGCGACGAUGCACAGUUCUCCGGUGAUCCUUAAAACUACGUUCGCUCCUCAGAGCGGUGUGUCCAUGCCGAGCCACCGUCCACACUGA